UAUUGUUGUUAUCGUUGCAAAUGUUAAAGAAACCACAAGGUGUACUAUGUUCCCGAAUAUUUAUUUUUAUCUGUUUGAUAUUCCCGACGGGAAGAAAGAAAGAAAGAGAAAAUAAUAAUAAUAAUGAUAGUAAUAAAAUAAAAUAGAAAAAUGAUAAGUAGAUAAAUAGAUGAAUAGAAACAAAGGAGGGGAGGGUUGGCAAUUUUUUUAGGGGCGUGUACACAGUAUGGCAGGAAACCGAAAUUAAUACAUAAGAUGAAGAAUUCUGUCUCUUACAGUCGUUUGUCCGGCAUGUAUCCGUGCGUCUCUCGCGAUACGAUAGACUUAAAAGGCUAAGAAAACGCGCCAUAACAGAGAAACCGAAAAACAACGAGAGAGAAAGAAAGAGAAAGAAAAAAAAAACGAAAGAAAACGGGAAGAAAAAAUAAAGAAAACGGGAAACAAGAUGGAUGACGAUCUCAGCAGUCUGGAAGAUUCUCUGGAAGGCACCAACCUCAGCAGACUCAGCAGGAGGAGCAGCAGCAGCAUCAGCAGGCUCAGCAGAUGCGAGAGCAACGGAAGCAGCGACAGCAGUAACAUCAACAUUGAUGAUCUGUCUCUGCUUUCCGAGUCAUUUCCUGCUCGGUUGUGGCAUCACUGGAUAGGCCUCCCCAUGCCAUUACGGAAGAUGUCGGACUACGGCUUCGAGGAGGAGAGCGGGGGCGGGGGCGGCCUCGGGGGGCACCAGACGGACGCCGGACAGAACUACAUCACGGUCAUUCCUGUCGAGUACCCGGCGAGGAGGCCCUACGGGGACUACGAUGCCUUCCCACGCUCCGCCACCAUCUCCAGGACCCGCAGACGACCUCGAGGGGAAACUGAUGCAUUUCCACGGUCGGCCACGAUAUCCAGGGAGUUCCUGCGGGAGCGAGCGGACUUCCUGCGUGGCGACUACAAGGGCAGCGCGGACCACCUGGACAAAGCGGCCGGAUUCUACCCCAGCCUUCCCCCGCCGGCCUUCGACGUGCCGCCCUUGUCCCUGGACCCCGAGACCCGCCGCCCAUCCGCCCACCUGAUGACCACGCCCGCGCAGACGAGUGUGGCCUCCAUGCCGGUCCACUCGAUGCCCACCACCACGAGCGUGACCCACCCGUCGGUGCCCCAGACGACGGCCGCCCACCACGACGACCUCGACAACAAGAGCAACAAGAACGACCACGAGAGGAAGAGUAAAGGGAUGGUCGAAGUGUGCGUGUUCCUCCACUCCCGCGUGGCCGUCAGACUACGGCUGGAGGACGGCGCCAAGAUCACUGCCCAGGAGCUGCAGGCGAUGGUCAUAGAAGAGGAGGACGUGACGCUCCCGAAGCAGGCCAUGGAGGUGUUCGCCAUCUGGAUGGUCUCGCCGGUGCUCGAGAUCCAGCUGAAGCCGUACCAGAGGGCCCUGGAGAUCCGGCGCCAGUGGGGGGAGCUCCUGAAGAGGUUCACGCAGGUGCCGGUGAGGGCGCAGGACGCUCGCUACGCUUACGAACCCAAAAUGGUGCUAAGGAGAAAUAUCUUCUUUAGCAAAAGGGACGAAGUUAAGAUAAGAGACCCGAAGAUUCUGGAGCUGCUGUACGAGGAGGCGCAGUGGAACAUGCGGUCUGCGCGGUACCCGUGCGAGCUCUCCGACUACGAGAUGCUGGCGGGGAUCCAGGGCAGGCUGGAGCUCGGGCCCUACGACCACACCACGCACACGCCCUCCUUCUUCAGACGCCGCCUGCUGGACUACCUUCCCGAACACGCCUGCAGACUCAAGUUCAGUGACCUGAUUAGCUUUAGCAGCAAAUCCACGCCGGAAAUUCGGAUAAUCGAGCAGUUCCGGUCGAUCCCCAGUAACGUGACGGCGAGGAAACUGGUCAGAAAGUACCUCGAGUUCUCGUGGUCCCUCCCCUACUACGGGAGCGCCUUCUUCCACGGCCAGAUCGAGCAGCCAACGAGGGGCGUGAGCUCGUGGCUGCCCCGCCCCGACCUCCCUGUCUUGGUGACCAUCAAUGGCACGGGCGUCAGCGUCAUUGAGCCCAAGAAAUCGACGGUGUUACUGAGCCUCCGAUACGACGAGCUCUCGUGGGACUACGCGAGGCCGAGCCACGAGCGGAACCCGCACUGCCUCCCCUGCCUCUUCCUGCAGUUCGCGGUUGUCGAGAACGGCAGGAGAUUCUCCAAACUCUUGCAGAUAUUUUCGAAACAGGUUGGGAUUUAUACUUUUUUUUUUUUUUUUUUUUUUGGGAAAUCCUUGAGGCAACAAAUUGAUGCAACAAAUAUCAAGCCUUCAAGAGCAAUUUUCAAACGCCACACUGCUGGAUACCCUCAUCCGUGGAUAAAGUCGACCAUUUAUCAAAUGAACGUGUUGGUCCCGCUGUCCACCGUCUCCCGAAAGGACGUCCCGGACUCCAUUCUUAGCAACAAACUCCAUCGUCUUUCGCUGUCCACUUUUACCGAAGAUGGUCGCUGCGUGGGGACGAUGGGCUCGUGGCAGUUCGGCAGAUGAGGGGAUGCCCUCGACUACGUGUGACAAACCACCAUCACGCCCGCGCCCAUAGCCCCGCCCACCAUGACCUCCUCCGCCUCCACCUGCUCAUGGACGUCUGGGCCGGAAUCCACGCCUCUCCUCCAUUCCUGAUUACGCUUCUAAGAUUAUUUCCCCCUUGGUGGUAGAUCCAGGCCCGUCGCGCUGGCUGGGCUCGACCCCCGCUUCGGCCGCCCGCGCCCUUGCCUGCGUUUGUUUCCUUUCCUCUCCCGGAUUGGUUUUGUCUCUCCCUUUCUUUCUUUUCCUACUGCACUAUUGCCUCAUUUUCUCUCGAUCUUUUUUCUUUCUCUCUUGGACUAUUGGCUUUCUCCUUUCUCUCGAUAUAUAUUUUUUUUACCCAUUUUUGUGUCUUUCAUUCUGCUUCCUGGUCUUCCGUGCCAUGGCGUGUUUGAGGAGCAUGUUUACCUGCGAACGAACUCCUGCCUCGUCGUGGUUUCGUCGGAAGAAUUCAGAAGGUCAGAUGUGCCUCCCACUCCCUCUCCUGUAGUGUCCUGCCUCUCCCUCUCUCUUCUCUUCCCUUCCCUUCCUUUCCCCUUUGUUCCCCUCCUCCCCUUUCCCCUUUGUUCCCCUCCUCCUCUUUCCCCUUUGUUUUCCUGUCCCUCAUUCCCCAUUCCCAUCCCCCUCGCUAGCUGGAUCUACCUCUCGUUGUGAUAACUGGACGUGGCCGAUUCCGGAAGACGCUCUUGCGAAGGACCUCCGGGUGACCUCGACGCCGCAAUACACACGUGGAAUACCUGCUGAGCAACGCAAGCUAGUACAAACAAACUAAAAAAACAAGAAGUGAAGUCCCAGAGUCACCGGAGCUUCCCAGGAGAGAUCCCGAAGGAAGCGCCCCAGGAAGCUAUGGUGGGGCUCAGGAGAUUCCUCUGCGCCCUGACAAGGACCACGAUCCUGCUGACGGCAGGAGCCUGAAAACUAAAUGGAUCAGCCUCAGGAAAGAAUCAAAAUUCAAAAGGGCGUGAUAGUGGUGUGUUUCCAUUUUUUUUAUUUGUACCGAUAGAGAUGAAAUAGAAAAAAAGAUAAUCAAAUUAAGAUGAAAUUCAAUAAACAGCUCCUGUAUAUGAACGCCCUCAAAGGCAGGAUGGAAAUCUGUGAAAACUGACCUAGCAAGAACAGGGUUCGUUACCUAGGAUCAACGCUGUUCAAAUCUCUGAGUGAUGUUCAUUUGCUUUUCUUCGGCAUUUUUAUUGUACGUAUACUGUAACGCACAAUGCAGUGAAAACCUGUAAAAGUGUGUUAGGCAAAGGAGAAAAAAAAUUAUUUACAUAUACUGGUUUAAUAUGUAUUCAAAACUGCUUCUUUCACGUAUCAUUAUACUAUCUGAAUGUCGCCCUUGAAUGUAUCACUACAACGGGUGAUACGCGGAAAACAUGGCAUACUGAUUUUUCUACUGUAUCAUUGCUGUAUCAACACUACACCUAAGUCACACCUCACACAUCGCUUUACCCUUAAAAGGCUACACAUGUCUAGUUGCCUUAUUUGCAUACUCUGUAUAUAUCAUUAUGUAUCCACAAUAUACCAGUAGCUAACGUUAUAAAAGAAAAAAAGGUGUACCUCUCGCAAAAAACAAAAAGCAAAAAAAUUGUGGUAUUAUUUUGCGUAUCAAAUUGCCGACUUGUUACGGGCAUGUUCGCAACAUGUUUUACGGAUCAGCUGUUCUACCAUAUGAUUUGAUCUCAUAUCUAGCGACGCGUUCUUGGGAGUUAAGAAGAAGGAAAAGGUUUGUGUGGCACAAGUCCGACAAGCUACGACGUAUGGACUCUCCUCAUGGCGUAGGAGCUAGAGCGGCAGCUUCAUAAUAAGUAAUUUUAAUUAUAUUUGUAUUCGGUAGUGUAGUUAACUAUGGCUUCUGGAUACCAACAUCCAUUUAGUGGAUAGGACCAAAGAUCCCCAAAAAUCAUCUUUCUCAGUUCGGAAGCGACAUUUUUAGAGAGCGCGACAGCCUUCCGGGACACUCGGUUAAUGAAUCUCAUUUCCCGUCUUUAUAAAAAAGACUUUUUCUUCCCCUCAUUAAAAAAAAUAAUAAUCAUUAUAUGACUAGAACUUCAUAGUGAAGUUUUGUUCUACCAGCGGAUGACCUGUCCGUCUCUCUAAAGACAAGUUCCCGGACGUCGCCCUUUAUAUAUAUAUUAAGGCCGUUCGCUCCGUUGAUUCCGCCCUCGACGGGGCUGCAGUGCGAGGGCGCCAUCCGUUCGUCGAAGCCUCCUCCUGCCGAGGAGUUCGAUGGCGUCGGACCGCUGCGCCUUCCGCCGGGGGCCACACAGACGGAGGAGGCCUGAGAACCAGUCAUCGUGCCACAGAGCAACCAAAGAGUGUUCGUACUUUGCGACGUGAUUGUAUAACGUAAGGGUAACUCUAGGCUAGUGUGGAGUAUGAUCGAUACCCUUACAAUGUAAUAUAGAUUUUUUUACAACUGUUGGUUUCACAUGUUUGUUGUAUAUAAGAAAGUGGAGUGUAAGAAGCAAAUCGUAAGGGUGUUUAAUUUUAAAUUGAUAGAUAAAUGUUUUUUUUUUUCCUUUUUUUCGUAAAUGACUGACUUGCGCCUCGGUGGGAAUGUGUGUACGAUAUAGAUUUUUCCUACGUCUACGAGAAAGUGUACUUAAAAAAAACAAGACACAUCCUAAUGGUAGUGUUUAUGAUGACCAUUUUUACAACAGCUUCCGUGGGGGUUAAGGGGGAGGGAGGGGUGGUUGGGUACACUCAUCUUUUAGUAAAAUAAAUAAAUAAAUAAAAAUAAAGAUAAAAAGGAAAACAAGAGAAAAAAAUUAAGUUAGAUUGGUGUUCAUACCUUUUAAAAAAUAAUAGUCCUUUGUCGUCAAUGGGUUAGAAUAUGCAACUACGAAUGUAAAUAGUGAGAUGUCCUAAUUAGCUGCGAGAAAAUGUUUCAAGAGAGCGCCUUGUACACCGGUUUUCUAGAAUUUACGGAGAUGACAGUAUUACCCUACCUAAAGCGGUGUUCAAUCUCGAGAAAUAGAUAGAGUGGCUAAGUCCGCCAGUGAAUUGUGUUUAAAAAAAAGUAUUUUAGAUGUUCGAAAAUGUAAGGCAAUAAGUAUUCAAUGCAUUUCACAAUCGUUGAGAUGUUUGGGGCUGUAAUUGGUAGUACAGACAGCUUGAGAUUAAAAGCAUAAUCGGAUAAUUCACACGAUAUUGCCUUGUGCGUACGUUGAUCCAUGGACAAAAUAGUGAUUCUGCAUUUUAUUGACGAAUUAUCAUAAUAUUUUUGGGGGGAAUGAAAUAAUCAUUACCUUGAUAACAAUUGGGAAAAAAUACUUAGUUACAGCUUUCAAACUAUUCGAGAAAGAAGUGAGAAACAGACGUUUUUGAAGUUAGUCGAGCUACGUGAAACAGGCACAAUGUAAAGAAAAUCAUCGGAUAUUUUUAUCCCUUUUUCGUAGAGUAACAGAAGUGAUUUUUUUUUAAGACCAGAAACGACCAUUGAUUUUUCUUUAGUCGAUUUUAAUUUGUGAUUUUCUAGAUGACGAUGAGCUAACAUGCGUAUACUUUCCGUUGAAUAGACUUGUAUCAGUGCAAACACAACCGCCACCGCCCAUAACGUUAAUGUGAAAAGGAAGAACAAUUGACUGAAACUCCCUCGAUAGUUCUGAAAAUACUGUGGCCUUUUGAUUACGCUUAGAACAAUACUCUAUCUUGUUCAUAUUUUCACACGGGGAAAGUAAUGGGGAAGUUUACGAGGCUCACCGUGAAAAUAACUUGGACAAGAUAAUACAGGACAAAAUGAUACUAACACUUAACUGCAAGACUUAGACAUAGACCAUCAUUUGACUCCAAUUACCAUCCGUUCGCUGACUACUGAAAAGCUCGUGUGUUUUUAGGUUGAAGGUUUACGUUCGUUAAAACAAAAUGAAUCUUGUGGUACAGUAUUUUUUUUUUUUCUUACUAUUAGUGUACAUUGUCCCUGUUUGCCGGCUAAUAAUAUAGUUGUGAAAGAAUUCAAGGAAGAGGGAAAAAUAAAAUCGGUUAAUAUUUGCUUAAUCAUUUCAGCUGUUUCUCACAGACUGUUUGAAUUCUAUGCAAAUGACUGAUAGAUUAUAUAAGCAAAAGAUCCUGGGCGGUUUUUUGGUAAGAAUUGAUAGUUAAAAAAAAAGGAAAGAAAAUUGGCAUACGGUUUCUAUUAGUUGAUGACAUAGUUAAAUAUUCUCGCUCAUUCACUGCACUGCCAUUUUACUACAAAAAAAUUUUUUCCUCUUUCAAAAAGUCAUACAGCAGAACCAAAGACAGUAAUUCAUUGAUGUUUAUUACAGUGUUUGAAAGACAACUCGACGCUACGGUCCAACGCUUGCAAGAAAGUCUAAAAGAAAAGUGAUACAGUUUUUAUACGUCUACAACCACGCUUCUCAAAUUUUAUAUGUUUUCUCUGCUUCAAAGGGAAAAAGGUGUAUGUGUGAUGCAAAGAAAUUUAAGUACUCGAAUACAAUUUACAAUAUUGGUUGUUGGACCAUCACACGUACUCCUGAAUUUUAGACUUGGGGGUAAACGUUGGCCGGAGAUGAGGGAAAAUGGUUCGAGUGGGGGUAAAUAUAUGACACUACAAUAAAUUAAGGGAUCAAAACCAAAGUCACAACCUAAUAAAAACAUUAGUUCAACACUCAUAUAUCGUCGGUUUAUAUUACUAAUCACCAUAUGGACAAUUCAUACUGUUUCCAGUGAGUGAUCUAUCUAGUAUUUCCUCUAGUUGACCCAUAAUUCCCCGUCUUGAUCCAUAUUUUUUUUCCUUACACGGAGCUGGACUGCUUUUGUUGUUCUAAAUGAUAAUUUUGUACCAUGUGCAUGUCACGACUACUUUAUAUCAGUGACCCUAAUCAAUGUGUAUAUAUAUCCCAGUUAAUCCUGUGAUGAUAUUAAUAAAACUUUUAUACCCGA